CAUCUCCUUUGUUAAUGACCUUCCAAGUUAUUUUUUAUAUCAUGCAGAAUAUCCCAUCCUUCACUACUCUCUCCUUCCUUCCCUCCCUCCUCCAAAAGCUCUCUUUCUCUUAAAACAAGAAUAAUAAAGAUUAAAAAAAAAAGGUUUUGAGUUGGGUUUCUGCAACUAUUCUUUUUGCAUGUAGUAUUUCCCUGCUCUGUGUGAUGUUUCAUGUGGUAUUUUAUUGAGUAUGUGAUGUGGGUCCUGUUGCAUUCUCCAUGUUUUCAAUGUCUUCUGAUCAGGUUUUGGAUCUGGGUUUGUUCCCACAGGAUCUGUACAGCUUGUUUGCAUAGCCUGGGGAGGGAUCUGUUGAAGUGAACACACUUAUGGGCUUCUCAAAUGGUGGAUUUGUGAAGAUUGGGAGGAAACUGGAUUGUCCUUUUGUGCGGAGAUAAAUUCCAAUCGAGGGGAAUGAUGUGAACGCAGCAAUGAUCCCCUCUACCAUCGACAUGGUCUUAUGGAAAGAUUUUCCCAAAGGUCUUAGGGUCCUCCUCCUCUGCGAAGAUCCGAAUUCGGUGGCCGAAACUAAAAUCAAGCUUGAAAAAAUGGAUUACAGUGUUUUUUCUUAUUCGGACAUCCAAGAUGCACUAGAAGCAAUCCUUAGAAAGGCUGAGAGCUUUCAUGUUGCACUUGUCGAGGUGACAGUUGAUAACAGUGAACGGACCUUUGAAUUUCUUGAAAUGGCUCGGGACCUUCCGAUUAUUGUGAUUUCAAAUGAUUGUUGCCUCAGUACUACGAUGCAGUGUAUAGCACAUGGUGCAGCAGAGUUUCUUCAGAAGCCUUUAUCAGAAGACAAACUAAGAAACAUAUGGCAGCAUGUGGUUCACAAGGCAUUUAACGCAAGCGAAAGUGUCACUCCUAAAUCUCUCAAGCCUAUCAAAGAAACAGUUGUCUCAAUGCUGCAGCUUGAUACGAAAGACUCUGAGGAAAAAAUCAAAAGCCAAUCUAAAGCGGAAGACGCAGAGAAAAAUCAUGUAGAUAAUGAUGAAUAUAAAACAACAACCGAUAGGUAUCCUGCGCCUUCUACCCCAAAGUUGAAACAAGUAGAAAGAAUGGUAAAUGAUGAAAAUUCUCAAGAAAACAAGUGCUUGACCGAUGGUAUGGAGGAUCCUAAAGGCUUCUUGGAAGUUAGGAAGUUUGCUAGUUCUGAAUCAAAAUCUGUCGACGAUGCUUGCACCAAUUCAAUUGGUGUACUGAAUACCAAUCGGGAUGCCUUGACUUCUGCAAAGCAAAGAGAAGCUGCUUGUGAAGAAGAGGUCAACUCAGCUGAUAGUUCCAGGCCUGAUGAGUGCAGUGCGGUUAAAGCAAGCUCUCCAACUUCUUCAAAUGUUAAUAUUGAAUGCAAUCUUCAGUCUAGUUUUGAUGAUAAAAAAAAGAAUAAAUCAGUUUUUAGUAGUGAUUCAUUGACACGGGGAAGCAAAGGGAACAAAAAGAAGAUGAAGGUGGAUUGGACUCCAGAACUCCAUAAGAGAUUUGUUCAAGCCGUUGAGCAGCUGGGAAUUGACCAAGCGAUCCCAUCGAAGAUCCUUGAGUUGAUGAAAGUGGAAGGAUUGACUAGACAUAAUGUUGCUAGCCACUUACAGAAAUAUCGAAUGAAUAGACGGCAUAUAUUACUGAAAGAGGAUGACAGAAAAUGGCAGACAAAAGGAGAUCCGAAUUCAUGGGGCUAUAUCCAAAGACCACUUAUGGCGUACCCACCAUUGCACCCAACUUAUAGUGUUCCACCGGGCCAUCUCUACGCACCCUGGGUUCAUCCAAGUUAUCAGCCUCACGGUGCACAAAUGUGGGGGCAUCCUGGAUUUCAUGCAUGGCAUCCUCCUCUGGAAAUGUGGCAUUGGAAAACCUAUCCUGGGGUUCAAGCGGAUGCAUGGGGUUGCCCGGUGAUUCCCCAAUAUGGGUAUAGUCCGAACAGUCAUCAGAGGCUACCUAUGAACUAUAACUUGGACACGAUUAGCGAUCGAAACAGGGAAACUAAGGAUGCAAACGGCUUUCAUCUGGCGGAGGAGGUGGCCGACGAGGUGGUGAAAGAAGCGAUGAGCAAACCGUGGCUUCCGCUGCCGUUAGGUCUGAAACCGCCGUCAACGGACGCCGUUCUGGCGGAGCUGCACCGUCAGGGCAUCCGCACCGUCCCACCGUGCGCCCGCUCCGCGCGCGCUCCGCACCGGUGAGGCGCCACGAGCCGCGCCACGUGGCCGCUCGCUGUUGGCCAUAGCAACACGUGGCUGUAAUUGAAAGGACAGCGGGGUGCGGGUGCGGGUGCGGGUGCGGGUGCGGGUGCGGAGCCUUUUCGGGUCGGCUUUGUCGGGUUUCGGGCGCGUCGAAGAUUCUCUGUGUAUUCUAACUCGUUCGUUGUCCUUUUCUACGCGAAUUGGAGUACCCUCCCAGCGAGGUAAUGUUCCAUGUCGUCCACUCUUCUUGUCGGAGCUUCUUCUGGCUAAUAAUAAUAAUAAGAAGAUGAGGUUAACUGUACGACUGAUGGUGAGGGGCCGGGUAUUUCGCGUGGGCUCCCCACAGUCAUGUGACGCAUAAGAUGAUGCAACAAACCACCGGAGAGCAGUACUAAGGGUCACAGUAAUCCUAUUUAAUGAGCUAGCGAUGUUAUCCUUACAUCUUUUUAUAGAUAUAGAUAGCUGUAAAUCUUAAUCUGAAUCCGGCUAUAUAUCCUCCUUUUAGUCCCAAUUAAGUGAUUUUUAGUGUUGACUAUUUUAAUUUCA